GUCCAAUCUUGUUCCUCGAUUCUCUUUUCUCUCACCUAUAACCCCCUCUCGCUCGCAGGCGAAUGAUGACCGCUUCCCGUCCCGAUUCGACCACCAGUAAAUCUAGCACCCCCUCAUGGUAUGCUUUCCCCAAUGUCUUUCGCAACCUCAGAUCCCGGCCUGGGCGAGCUGUGGCAGCCCAGGGGCGACACGUCAUUCGAAGACCUCGCUGCACGACAGGAACCUGAAGCGAGCCAGCACCUUAUCGUCGCCAGCGACGUGCAAGGCAGCCCAACGCUAGAAAGUGGCAGCCGUACUCAUCGCGGGACUCGCAAGCGAAGAAAGGAGGGUCAUCGUCGAAAGGCAGGCAGCUGGUCGGCAGACGAAGACCAGCGACUGCGAGAAUUCAUGAGCAAAAAGGACAAACCGGGCAAGAACGUCUGGGCGGCCGCAUCCAAGGCGGUUCGAACUCGGAAACCUGACCAGUGCAGCAAACGGUGGAAGGACGCGUUGGACCCCCAGCUCGUGCACACGCCCUGGACCGAGUCGGAAGAUGCAAAGCUUCAAGAGGCCUACAGUGACUACGGCUCCCUGUGGACCGAGAUCAAGGCAAACUGCUUCCCCACUCGUUCUGGACUCGAGCUGAAGAACAGGUGGGACCACAUCUCUCGCCUGAUGAAGCGAAAAGAGGGAUCUUCGCACCGUAGUGCAAGGCCACGGGCGAGGAUCAACACCCUCGACGACGCCACACCCACCGGGCCCCAAGGGAAACCGCUUCUCGAUCCCAGGAUGGCGAGUCAGCGAAGAAUGUCAGAGCCAGUGGGUGGUGCAGAGCAUAGCCGAGCGUCGGUAUCCAUAUCUCCCACAAUUGCCCCAGCCGAGACUGUUUUGGCUCCUUCGGUUCUUGAAAUCCGAGCGAACGACGAGGACGAGGACGCCGAUGAGGACGGUCCUCUGCAGCCACUGGGAUGGCCGUGAAUAUGAGCUGGACGGGAGCGGCCCGACCCCAGCGCUGGCAGGUAAUUUGACCAAUGCUUCCAUGUCGGUGGAUGGGGAGACGUCGAACGAUUCGGUAGCCAAUUUCCCCACGACGCCGCCGGUGGCAAACGAAAGCAGCUUGGGCGUUGCGAUGCUCGACGA